AUGAGCAUCUUCUCAUUCACGCUGAUCAUGGCGCGCGCACCCAAGAAGCAGCAGCCAGUCAAGAAGAGCAAGUCGAAGAAGAGCGCGAGCAAGGCGCGAGUGAAGGUCGAGCCACCAAAAUGCACGCACUGGCUGAUCCAGGAGGAUCGAACGUGUCGAAAGUGGAGGAACCCGUCCAGUGAAAAGUACUGCACGGGCCACUUGGACGAGAUAGCGCGACGCUCAACGGUGGCGCUGUCGCCGCUAGAGGCAUCCACGCUGGCGCUAUUGCGCAAGUAUGAUCUGACGCAAGAGAUCUACGAUGAGACGAGUCAGUUGGUUGAAUCGGUGCUGCGCGGUGCGGAUCCAAACCGCCACCCGGCGAUUGACGAAGUGAAUGCAUGGGAGGCAGCUCAGGCGUUUAAGUCUGUGCUCGAGAAGCUGGUAGCCACAAAUUAG